AUGGACCCAAAGGAGCCAGGCACACUGCUUGACCUUGCAGUACAGACUCUGAUGAAUAAUGAGCCUUUAGCCAUCCACGCCCUUGAGGAGAUUCCAAGAGAACUUUUUAUUCCAUUGUUUAUUGCUGCCGUAUCUGGUGGACAUAAGAAGAUACUGAAGGCAAUAGUGAGCAUGUGGCCUUUUCAUUGUCUCCAUGUUGGGACCUUGAACGUUCAGGAGUCAUAUUGUGAAAUCGUGGAAGCCUUGAUUGAUGGUCUUCAGUUCCUUCCUGUCCACAACUCUUCUCGGGUACCCAAACUGAGGAUCCUAGAUUUAAGGCAGGAUACAGAAUGCAAGACCACAUGUUCUGACUUUUUGAACAGGUUCCCAUUAUGUUUUCAGUCUUGUGUUUAUUCUCCAAACUCUAUCCUGAAAUUACAAGGAGCUCGGCCUGGUUUUUCAAAUUCUGAGUCUGAACUUCAACUAUCCAGACAACCCAUGGAAGUAUUAGUGGACCUAUAUCUUGAUGGUACUGUGAAGACAUGGCAAUUGCUUUCUGUGGUUCUAGGUAAAGUUGAGCAGAGCUUUGGAUCCCUGCAUCUCUGCUGCAGAGAUUUGCAAAUUGAUAAAGUAUCUGAAUGUAGAAGCACACUGAAGUUUCUGGAUCUGGUAUGCAUUGAUCAUCUGGGAGUGCAUGGAUCUUAUUUGAGUGAAGUUUGCAGCAUUUUGGCUCAGAUGAUCCACCUGGACAGCCUCAGUCUGUCUAAAAUCACAUUUAGAUCCUAUAAAGGGAAAAGUUUCAGAGCUUUUCUCACUCACCUUGGGCGGAUGGACAGCCUUCAGGAGCUCAGCCUGGCUUACUUCUCUGUCAAAGAUCAGCUGCAUAAAAUACUCAGAGUCCUGUCACCUGAGUUGGAUUUCUUGUAUCUGAAUGUCUGUGACCUGACUACUAAAGACUUCACUUCCCUGUCCCAAAGCUUUCAGACCAGCCGUCUAAGAGUAUUGAAUCUCAGUAACAACCAGAUAACUUGGGAAGAUUCUCAACCAUUACGGAUUCUUCUGGAGAAACUAUCAGGUACCCUGAAGCACCUAGAGAUAAAUAGUUGCCUUAUAACAGACACUAUUCUCUCUUCUCUCAUCCCAGCCAUAAGAAGCUGUUCUUUGCUCCAUGUCCUUGGCUUUGCCUCCAAUCCUAUUACCAUGCCUAUGCUUAGGAAUAUUUUCCCACACAUAACAGCCUUGAAGGACCUGAAGUAUGUGCUUUAUCCUAUCCCUGUACAUUGCUAUGAUCAGUGGGGUUUUCGUGGCAGCUUAGACCGACAAAAGCUUUCUGUAGUGAAAUCACAAUUGAAAGUAAUGCUGCAGGCAGCAGAGCGGAAUGACAUGAAGUGGACCACUUCAUAUGCAUGA